UCUGGUCUUUGCCGCAUGUCCCCCACCCACCUCAGGAAAGGCUUGCGGCAGGUAGAGCCCCAGGGGCCGCAGGGAUGUGUGCACCGGCACCCGGCACGGAGCUGCCCUCGGCAUCCCCCUGCGCCCCGCUUAGGGCUGGGCUCUCACGUUCCGCUGCAGAGGAGCCGAGCCCGUGGGAGCCCCCGAUCAGAGCGGGGGAUCGGUGGGGCGGGGCAGAGCCUCGGUUGGAGGCGACAGGGGACACCCCGGCUUCCCCACCCACCGCAUCCCCGGGGGCAGCGAGGCGGGCGGAGGCUGAGCGCAGCCCAGGGGCGGGGGGGAUCGGGGACACCCCGGGGGCGGUCCGCGGCCCCAAUCCUGCCCCGGGGGCUGAACCGGGCUGGCCCCUCCUCCGGCACGGCCUCCCGCGGGGCGGCGGGCCCCGGGCGCAGAGCGGCGGCUGCGGGGCGCUCCCGGAGCCCGCUCCGCCGGGCCAUGGCGAGCAGCGGCUCCGCGCCCGGCGGCUCGGGCUCGGGCUCCGGCUCGGGCUCGGGCACGGCGCUGCCCACCCGCUUCCAGGAGACCGAGAAGCUCCUGGCGGCGACUGAGGGUCGGGAGGAAAAGGGCCUCCGCGGCUCCAAAUCCUUCACGGCCGCGCUGCCCGGCGAGCAGGAGCGCAACGGGCACGGGCUCUCCUACAAGUCGGUGUCGGUCGGGCACCUGGAAGCGCCUCCGCUCUCGCCGUCCCGGCUCAGCCUGGGCAGAGCCUCCUCCAUCGCCACCAGCACGGCGGCACCGGAGCAGAGCCGCCCGCGGGACUACCUGGUGCUCGCCAUCUUCUCCUGCUUCUGCCCCGUCUGGCCCAUCAACAUCGUGGGCCUCGUCUUCUCCAUCAUGUCGAGGAACAGCGGGCAGCAAGGGGACCUGGAUGGAGCACGGCGACUCGGGCGCAUGGCCAGGCUGCUCAGCAUCGUCUCCAUCGUCCUGGGGACCGUCAUCAUCGUGCUCUACAUUUCACUCAGCGUCAGAGUUUCCUAGAAGAUGUCUAAAGCAUGCAAAUGCCUCGAAGAGGAGGAAGACAACUUUCCUUUUGGGGGUUUUACUUUCAGCCUUGCAACAAAAAAUUGUCACAGUGUAGGUGGGCAGCCCUGGACAGCCUGCUCUGGAGCGCCGUCGGAAGGAACGCAUGCUUCUACUUCAUCGCCCCUUGGACAUGAGUUUGUACAAGUGAUGGGAUAACAAACAUCGCCGGAAGGAAUGGGAAAGGACAUGGGAUGCCACGCAGAGAGGAGAAGGGGGAAAUCCACUACCUCAUUCCCCUCCAGCAAAACUCACGGAGUGGGGAGACAACUAAAGCACGAGAGAAAGGAGUUCCAAGAAGGAAGCUUCAUUUAAAAGGCGAGAACAGGACAUUCUGAGGAAUCCUCCUGAGGAUUUUGGCACAAGUCACUGAAUCCAUGGGGAGCUGUUGGUUUUUAAAUCAUCAGAUUCUGUCUCUACAAUAAAAAAGAACAAACCCAAAGCUCAAACUGCCAUUGGGAGCUGAGAGCUGCUCCAUGGAGGAGGAGGGAAGAGCAGAGCUGCAGCAGGACCACGGCUCUGCUCCGCACGGAACUGCAGCAAAAGCUGGAGGAUGUGGUGGGUGCUUUUGUAUUUUUGAUGAAAAAAACAAACCAAACAAAAAAGAGACAAUGACCAUU